CCCACCUCCUGGUCACUUUGAAGCACCAUCGGAUUUAAACCAUAAUCUCCCCAGUCCUAGUCCAGCAGUCCUACAGGGUGGGAGGCUGAGUUGGUGCCCUGGGCCCUGGAGGAGGGCCUGGAGGGUGCCUGGAGUCUCCCCGAAUGAGUUUGGGACUGGAGGGGAAGUCGGAAGUUCAGCUGGCCCUGGAAACAGUUAUCCAGACCCUGGAGAACAGUAUUGUGGGGCCAGACCAGGAGAAAGGCCUGGGUGUGCAGGACCCAGCUUCAGACUCUGGGUCCAUCUGCCUGCCUGCCUGCAUCAGAGAAGUUGUCACUCGUAAUCUCUCCCCACUGGGGAGCCCAGCCUCACUGCCGGACACAGAGAUGGCAUCGAUGCUAUCACUGCAAGAGGAGAACCAGCUGCUGCAGCAGGAGCUCUCCCGGGUGGAGGACCUGCUGGCCCAGAGCCGAGCGGAGCGUGAUGAGCUGGCCAUCAAGUACAAUGCAGUCAGUGAGAGGCUGGAUCAGACUGUGCGACUGGAGUCUGGGGAGCUGGAAACACAGGAGCCCUCGGGGCUGGUGCGGCAGAGCGUGGAGCUGCGGAGGCAGCUGCAGGAGGAGCAGGCCUCCUACCGGCGCAAGCUGCAGGCUUACCAGGAGGGCCAGCAGCGACAGGCCCAGCUUGUGCAGCGGCUGCAGGCCAAGAUUCUCCAGUACAAGAAGAAGUGCUCAGAGAUGGAGCAGCAGCUUCUAGACAGAGCCACAGAGCUCGAGCAGCAGCAGCUGAGGGACAGCGAGCAUAGCCAAGACCUGGAGAGCGCCCUCAUCCGCCUAGAGGAGGAACAGCAGAGGAGUGCCAGCCUAGUCCAGGUGAAUGCCAUGCUUCGAGAGCAGCUGGGCCAAGCCAGCUCGGCCAACCGGGCUUUGAGUGAUGACAUUCGCAAGGUGACCAGUGACUGGACUCGCAGCUGCAAGGAACUGGAGCAGCGGGAGGCAGCGUGGAGGCGAGAGGAGGAGUCCUUCAAUACCUACUUUAGUAAUGAGCACAACCGCCUGCUGCUCCUCUGGAGGCAAAUCCUGGGGGUUCGACGUCUGGUCAGCGAGGUGAAGAUGUCCACUGAGAGGGACCUGCUGCAGCUGGGGGGAGAGCUGGCCAGGACCUCCCGAGCAGUGCAAGAGGCAAGCCUGGGACUGAGCUCCGGCCUGCGGCAGGCUGAGAGCCGGACUGAGGCAGCCCUGGAGAAGCAGACCCUGCUGCAGGCUCAGCUGGAGGAACAGCUUCGGGACAAGAUGCUCCGGGAGAAGGAGUUGGCCCAGCUGCAGGCUCAGAGUGACCUGGACAAAGCUGACCUCAGUGCACGAGUGUCAGAGCUGGCCCUGACAGUGGAGCGUCUUCAGAAUCAGAAUUUGGAGAAGGAUCAUCUCAACAAAGCCCUCAUGGAGAAACUAGAGACCCUGGAGGCCCUGCGGCUCCAGGAGCAGGUUGCCAUGGAGACAGAGGACUGUGAAGGACUGCAGCAGACGCUCAGGGAUCUGGCACAGGCCGUCCUGUCAGACAUGGAGAGCGGGGUCCAGCUAAGUGGCUCUGAGCACACAGCGGAGACAUCCAAUGGCAGCCUGCGGGGCCUCUCAGGCAUACGGACCCCAUCCCCAACACAUCGCUCCUCGCCCAGCCGUGGCCGUUCCCCACGGCGAGGCCCAUCUCCUGCUUGUUCUGACUCUUCCACACUUGCCCUCAUUCACUCUGCCCUGCACAAACGCCAACUGCAGGUUCAGGACAUGCGGGGACGCUAUGAGGCCAGUCAGGAGCUCCUGGGCACUGUGCGGAAGCAGCUUAGCGACAGUGAGAGCGAGCGCCAUGCCCUGGAGACUCAGCUGCGGCGGCUGCAGGACGAGGCUGAUCAAGCUGCCCUGGCCCAGGAGGAGGCGAGACGGGAGGCGCAGCGGCUGCAGAGCACCCUUGACCUCCUGACCAGGGAAAAGAACAACCUUGCUGGCAACCUGCAGGUGGCUCAACAGCAGGCCGAUGAGCUGCGACAGGAGCGGGAGAAGCUGCAGGUGGCCCAGGAGGAGCUUCGGCGACAGCGGGAACAGCUGGAGGAGGAGCGGGAGGACUCGGUCCAGGACAGGGUUCGGAUGCGCAGGGAGCUGGAGCGCAGUCACAAACAGCUGGAGCAGUUGGAAGGGAAGCGCUCUGGGCUGGCGAAGGAGCUGGUAGAAGUGCGGGAGGCACUGAGCUCCACCACGCUGCAGCGGGACAUGCUGCAGGCCGAGAAGGCUGAGGUGGCCGAGGCACUGACCAAGGCUGAGGCGGGUCAUGUGCAACUGGAACUUUCACUGACCAAGCUGCGGUCGGAGGAGGCUUCUUUGCGGGAUUCCUUGUCCAAGAUGAGUGCCCUCAACGAAACUCUUGCCCAGGACAAGCUGAGUUUGAACCGCCUCAUUGCCCAGCUGGAAGAGGAAAAGGCAGCGGUACUGGGCCGCCAGAGGCAGGUGGAGCAGGAGGCCCAUUCUGCGCGGGAGGAGCAGGAGCGGCUGGAACAAGAGCGGCUGGAGCAAGAGGUGGAACGGCAAGGCCUGGAGGGCUCCCUGCGGGUGUCGGAGCAGGCCAGGGAGGCCCUGGAGCACCGGCUCCCCACACUGUGCUCAGAGCGCUGCAGGCUGCAGGAGCAGCUGGCCCAGCUCUCCCGGCAGCUGAACGGACGGGAGCAGGAGUUGGAGCAGGCACGGCGGGAGACCCAACGGCAGGUGGAAGCAUUGGAGCGCUCCAGCAGGGAGAAGGAGGCUCUGGCCAAGGAGCAGGCCAGCCUGGCGGUGCAACUGGCUGCAGCUGAGCGGGAAAGCCUUACCCUGUCAGAGGAGGCUAUGCGCCUGCGCUUGGAAAAGGAAGUGCUGGAGGGCAACCUGUUCGAGGUGCAGCGGCAGCUGACCCAGCUCGAGACCCGUCGGGAGCAGCUGGAAGCUGAUGGACAGGCCCUGCUAUUGGCCAAGGAGGCCCUGACUGCGGAGCUGGUGGGCCUACGGCAGCAGAUGGCAGCAGCUGAGGAGAAGGCAGCGCUGGACAAGGAGCUGAUGGCCCAGAAGCUGGUGCAGGCUGAGCGGGAGGCCCAGGCCUCUCUCCGGGAGCAGCGAGCUGCUCAUGAGGAAGACCUGCAGAGGCUGCAGCGAGACAAGGAGGCGGCAUGGCGUGAGCUGGAGACGGAGCGGGCCCAGCUGCAGAGCCAGCUGCAGCGGGAGCAGGAAGAGCUGCUGGCCCGGCUGGAGGCUGAGAAGGAAGAGCUGAGUGAGGAAAUUGCUGCCCUGCAGCAGGAGCGAGACGAGGGCCUCCUCCUGGCCGAGAGUGAGAAGCAGCAGGCUCUGUCCCUGAAGGAGUCAGAGAAGACAGCGCUGUCGGAGAAGUUGAUGGGGACCCGGCACAGCCUGGCCGCUAUCUCUCUGGAGAUGGAGCGGCAGAAGCGAGAAGCGCAGAACCGGCAGGAGCAACACCGGAAUACUGUGAAUGCCCUGACUGCGGAGCUGCGGGAUACGCGUGCCCAGCGGGAAGAGGCUGCCAUGGCCCACGCACAGGAGUUGAAGCAGCUGCUGGAACAGGCCCAGGAUCUGGGCCGGCAGCGGGAGUCGUCCCUGCGUGAGGCAGAAGAACUCCGAAAGCAGCUGCAGCUGCUGGAAGAGGCCCGGGAUGGGCUUCGACGUGAGCUGCUGGAGGCUCAGCGUAAGGUCCGAGAGAGCCAGGACAGCUGCGAGGCCCAGAGGCAGGAAGCAGCUGACCUGCGGCGCAGCCUGGCCGAGGGUGCCAAGGAGCGUGAGGCUUUGCGGAGGUCUAACGAGGAGCUGCGGGCAGCUGUGAAGAAGGCUGAGAGUGAGCGUAUCAGCCUGAAACUGGCCAAGGAGGACAAGGAGCAGAAGCUGGUGCUGUUGGAGGAAGCACGAGCAGCUUCGGGCAAGGAGGCUGGGGAGCUGCGGGCGGCAUUGCAAGAAGUGGAACGCUCCCGGCUGGAGGCCCGUAGGGAGCUGCAGGAGCUCAGGCGCCAGAUGAAGGUGCUGGACAGUGAGAAUGCCAGGCAGAGCCGAGAGCUGACAGACCUGCAAGGCCGCCUGGCUCUGGGCGAGCGGGCAGAGAAGGAGGGCCGGCGGGAAGCCCUGGGCCUGCGACAGAAGCUGCUGAAAGGGGAGGCCAGCGUGGAAGCCAUGCGGCAAGAGCUCCAGGGAGUUCUGCGGAAGCUGCAAGAGCAAGAAGGCGAGUUCAAGGCCCGAGAGCGAGGCCUGCUGGGCUCCCUGGAGGAGGUGAGGAGCGCUGAGAAGCAACAGCUGGACCAUAUGCGCAAUCUGGAACUGCAGCUGGAAGGGGCGCGUGCCGAGUCAGCAGAGCUGGGACUGCGACUGAGUGCAGCUGAGGGCCGGGCACAGGGACUCGAGGCGGAGCUGACACGUGUGGAGUCUCAGCGGCGGACAAUCAGUGCCCAGCUCAGUGGCUUGCGAUCGGCCCUGCGUCGGGGCCUGGGCCUUGGGCGUGCUCCCAGCCCUGCCCCACCGCCUACCCCUGCGUCCCCAGCAAGGGGCUUGCCUGCUGGGGGAAGCCGAGAAGGGCUCAGCAGCCCAAGUGCCCUGGAACGCAGUCCUGGGUCUGAGCCACCAUCCCCAGGAACCGUCCUCUCCCCGGGAUCGUCUGACCUAGACCUAGAAGCGGUCCAGGGAGCCCUCCGGGAAUUCGUGCAGGAGCUGCGGAGUGCCCAAAAGGAGCGGGAUGAACUCCGGACUCAGUCGAGUGCCCUGAGUCGCCAGCUAGCUGAGAUGGAGGCUGAGAGAGACAGCGCCACUUCCCGGGCAAGGCAGUUGCAGAAGGCAGUGACGGAGAGCGAGGAAGCCCGGCGCAGUGUGGACGGGCGUCUGAGUGGGGCCCAGGCGGAGCUGGCUCUGCAGGAAGAAGGUGUGCGACGCAGCGAGCGGGAACGCCGGGCAGCGCUGGACCGAGUGACCACCCUGGAGAGGAGCCUGCAGGCUGCCGAGAGCGAGCUCCGGACCCACCAAGAUAAAAUCAGCAAGCUGAAAGCCAACGAGGGCAAACUGGAGAGCGACAAGAGGCGCCUAAAAGAAGUACUGGAUGCUUCAGAGAGCCGCACCAUCAAACUGGAGCUGCAGCGGCGUUCCCUGGAGGGGGAGUUGCAGCGCAGCCGGUUGGGCCUGAGUGAUCGGGAGGCCCAAGCCCAGGCCCUCCAGGAGCGGGUGGAGUCUCUGCAGAGACAGGUGGCAGACAGUGAGGUGAAGGCAGAGACUCUGCAGCUGACAGUGGGACGUCUGAGUGGGGCUCUGGCUAAGGUGGAGGAGAGUGAAGGGGUCCUGCGUGACAAGGUGAAGGGACUCACAGAGACCCUGGCCCAGAACAGUGCCAGCCUCACCAGCACCCAGGACAAGAAUCUGCACUUGCAGAAGACCCUGACUGCCUGUGAACAUGACCGCCAAGUGCUCCAGGAACGGCUGGAGGCCACAAAGCAAGCGUUGUCUGAGGCGCGGAAGCAGAGCGGACAGCUGGCCGAGCAGGUACAGGCCAUGCGGAGCGAGCUGGCUGACCUGGAGCUGCAGCGGGCAGAGGCUGAGGGCCAGCUGCAGCAGUUGCAGGAGGUGCUGCGGCAGCGGCAGGAGGGUGAGGCAGCGGCCCUGAACACGGUGCAGAAGCUGCAGGAGGAGCGGCGGCGGCUGCAGGAGCGUCUGAGCAGCCUGCAGCAUGCCCUAGCCCAACUGGAGGCUGAGAAGCGGGAGGUGGAACGGUCAGCCCUGCGGCUGGAGAAGGACCGGGCAGCCCUCAAGAGGACCCUGGAGAAGGUGGAGCGGGAGAAGCUUCGCAGCCAUGAGGACACCAUGCGGCUGAAUGCCGAGAAAGGCCGCCUGGACCAUACACUCACUGGGGCUGAGCAGGAGCUGGCGGAAGCCCAGAAGCAGAUCCAGCUGUUGGAGGCUCAGGUGGUGGAACUGGAGCAGAACCACAGCCCCUCCCAGCUGGAACUGCAGCAGGAAGUGGAGCGGCUACGCAGUGCCCAGGUGCAGACGGAGCGUACACUGGAAUCCCGGGAGCGGGCCCACAGACAGAGGGUGCGUGGGCUGGAAGAGCAGGUGUCUACACUGAAGGAGCAGCUGCGGCAAGAGCUUCGGAGGAGCUCAGUGACCUUCUCUUCGCACUUCAACCCCGUGGAGAAAUGAGCCUCUUCUCAGCUGGCAUCCGAGAGAAGCCUCGGCAGGAACCACCACAGAGCCCGUGCCGCUCCCAGCCCCUGUGCUUAGCUGGGUUGAGGAGCUGGAUGACUGUGUAGAAAGGUCGGGCUCCAGAUGUGUCUGUCCCCACAGCAGCUGGCUAGCAUCUGGUCAGUGAGAGCCCCUCAGAUCUGUGGUCACCACCUCACCUCUGCACCCCUCCUGGGAGGAGCCACUGCUGAUUGU